GAAGAUGCGGAGCAGACCACCGGUGAGCUGAACUUCCUCACCUUCCUGGACAAUUCAAGUCAGAACCGUCCACAUUCAGCAUAAUGCCCCACUUUCCCAGCACCGGAAAACCAAGUGAGACCAGUCUGAAGCCGGAGCAGGAGCAGGAGCGCGGAGCGGACGCAGCGGGCAGGAUGCGGACUUUGUGCCCGGUCUGAGCAUAGCGCUCUGCGGAGAGACUGACAGACCGUGUGGAGGUGCGGCAUGCUUUCCAUAAGGUUUCCAGAUCCAAAUGUCAAGUCCGAGAGAAGCUCUAUUGUUCUGGAGCCAGCAGUGUGUGACAUGAAAGGGAAAGGAAGCGCGGAGGAGGACACCCAAUGAUGACCAUCCAGUGUGCUGUACAAGGCGCCGUCAGUGUGGAGUGCCGUGGAAAGAGCUCUACCCGGUGGUAAAAAUGGGAGAGAGUGUGAAAAUAUGGUGAACAUUACUGAUGCUCAGUAAUGGACAGGGUCUGCUGAAGGAGUCAUAUUGUUUAAUGAGCCCAUUGCUCUUGUAUUGGGAAACUUAGGACAACUAAUUACCAAGGGGAUUACUCAAGACCUUUGGCAGCACCAGGCUGGACACACUGGCGUCUAUUAAGCCAACAGCCAAAAUGUAAUGACUGUUCUGUGGGAAUUUUCAAAUCCCAGUUUCUUAUCAUUUUUGUCUCUGAUUUGGUUUCUGUAUUUUUUGGAUCCCUUUGAAAUGGAGUUACAGUGGCGUUUAUGGAAUAAGGACUGGGCCACUUUUAUAAGGCCGUGGAUACCUAUACUGUUAGGCCUUCACCUCCAGUUCUCCCGGGCCUCCAACUGUCCCGAGGAGUGCCGCUGUGAUCGCACCUUUAUUUACUGCAACGAGCGGAGCCUGACCUCAGUGCCUCUGGGAAUUGGUGAGGGUUAUAAGACCCUCUACCUCCACAACAACCAAAUCAAUAACGCUGGCUUUCCCUUGGAGCUCCACCACGUGGCUUCUGUGGAAACUGUUUAUCUCUAUGGCAACCAGCUGGAUGAAUUCCCCAUUAACCUGCCCAAAAAUGUGAGGGUUCUCCAUCUGCAAGAGAACAACAUUCAGACUAUCUCUAGAGCGGCUCUGGCUCAGCUUCUUUGGCUGGAGGAGCUGCAUUUGGAUGAUAACUCCAUUUCUACAGUAGGGGUGGAGGAAGGGGCCUUCCGUGAGGCAGUGAGCCUGAAGAUGCUCUUCCUCACUAAAAACCACCUCAGCAGCGUGCCUAUUGGUCUUCCAGAUGAUCUGAAAGAGUUGCGAUUGGAUGAGAACCGAAUUGCAGUAAUCGCAGAGGAAGCAUUUAGGAAUGUCACCCGGCUAGAGCGCCUCCUGUUGGAUGGAAACCUGUUGACAGAUGAAGGGAUUACACCAGGAACCUUUCAGGAUCUGGUCACUCUAAGAGAGCUAUCCCUAGCCCGCAACUCGCUCACAUAUCCUCCCCCAUUCCUCCCAGGGGAGGUGCUUGUCAAAUUGAACUUCCAGGAAAAUCAGAUAAACCAGAUCCCUGUUGGGGCAUUCGCACAGUUGCACAAGCUGGAGAAACUGGAUAUUUCAAACAACCAGCUGCAGUCACUGACACAGGGAGUCUUUGAUGACCUCGUCAGUCUCAGACAGCUGACUGUUCGGAACAACCAUUGGAUGUGUGACUGUAGCAUCAAAUGGGUGGUGUCAUGGCUUAAAUCUCUGCCAGCUUCGCUUAAUGUGCGUGGCUUCAUGUGCCAUAAACCUGAAAAGUUCCGGGGCAUGGUGAUUAGGGAGCUGAGUUCUGAGCUGGUCCAGUGCCCACAGAGCACAGUGACUGCUCACCUGUUCACCUCACCGUCUAACUCUGCUCUGAUCCCAUCCCUGUCAUCUUCAACAGACUCCCCUUUAGUCACUCAGUAUGUUUCCUCCUCCUCCAGGCAACCCUUCCCCACAUUAUCCAACGUCUAUCCUAUCUUUACAACCAGAGAGGGGGGCUUGAGGACUAAGCAACCUCUGGAUCCCCGGAGGGAGACAGUGCAAGUCACAUUUGCCAUACUGAAUGGCUCUGCUAUCCACGUCAGCUGGGUGGCCCCCUUUCCAGUCACUGCCUACAAGGUGACCUGGGCCAGAAUGGGCCCCAGUCUGACAGGGGACACCGUCAGGGAAAGGAUAGUGGGUGGGGAUCACCGGGGGAUCCGACUGGCUAACCUCGAGCCAAAGUCCACCUAUCGGAUCUGUGUCAUUCCCUUGGAUGCAUUUAAUAAUUACCGGCCCAAAGACGACACUGUGUGCACUGAAGCCAUGACCACGCCAGCCUCAUUCAGCCCCGACAACAACAAAAGACCAUCAGGGCCCGAGCAGGCCACACAACAAGAACCCAGCUCGCCUUUCUUGCUGGCCGGGCUGAUCGGCGGGGCGGUGAUUGUGGUGCUGGUGGUUCUCCUCAGCAUUUUCUGCUGGCACAUGCACAAGAAGAGCCGCUCCAAAUCUUCCACCAACUGGAAAUACAAUCGGGGUCGGAGAAAAGAUGACUAUUGCGAGGCAGGCACCAAGAAAGAUAAUUCCAUCUUGGAAAUGACUGAGACCAGCUUCCAGAUAGUCUCGCUCAACAAUGAGCAGCUCCUCAAGGGAGAUUUACGCAUUCAGCAUAUUUACACCCCUAAUGGGGGCAUUGGCUUCCGAGACUGCCCCCUGGGGAACAACAGCACAGUCUACUGCAAGAACAAUGUUCAAGAUGCAGACUCGUGUGGCACAUGA